AUGGCCUCCCAAUCUAAUUCAACAAGCCGAGGUGGCUCGAAGACCUCCAGCCAGCCUAAUUUCGCCGACCCCAACUUUGACCCCGCCGACUUCCUCAAUGCCUCCCUAUCACCGUUAACCGUGGCAUCAUCACAGCCAAACGCCUCCCGCACACAAGGAUCAGUCCCUCUGACCGAGCUCUCUUCGCAAGUCCAAUCGCUGCUCUCCCAAAUCAGCGCCCAAAAUAUUCGCCUCUCAAGCACAUUAUCGCAACUGACAGACGAGAUCCUACGAAGCGGCGGACGACUAGCUUAUGAAGUUGAAGUGCUGCGAGGCGAAACAAUCGGUCUUUCUGAAACAUUGACCGAAGUGCUACACGAUGACAUCGCCAAAUUUGUCCCGGAAACCAGCGAGCGCAAGCCAGAACAGGCCGAGGACGCAUCGAAGGACGCACCAGAGGACGAGACCGAAACCACAGAACAAAACCCGCCUACUGUUUCAACAGACCCAGAAUAUGUCGCGAACCUCCGCACUCUGAACCAAGUGCGAUCGCGACUGGAAGAGGUCGUUCAGACCUUCGGCGACGCAAUGGAAUGGCCUCUACCCCCAUCCGAGCUCUCAUUCUCCUCAUCAUUCAUCUCAGUAUCCGGGCCUGAUCUCGGAGAAGACGGACACGAUCGUGAAGAAAAGGGCCAAGAAAUGAUGAAGAAGUUACGGGCCGAAGUGACAGAUUUACUGGAAAGUGAAGGCGGCGGACGCAAUGGGCUGGAGGCCGCUAAUCGUCGCGUUGAAGCUAUCCGGACGUUAGCGAAGGUGUGGAACAGCUCGGCAGAGGAGAAAGCUCGUAAUCGAUUUGUGGACAGCCUUGCGAAGAUUGUGGAUGACCGGCGCCGCAGUUUGGACCAGGUCGCGGAACAGAGUCGUUCCUCUUCUAAAACCAGACCCGAGGGCCGUCGGGAUAGUGAUAGUGGUGCGCCGGCUGGUGGACUCUUCCGGAAUCUGCAGCGGCUUCGCGAGGAGAUCUAUUUGGAGUGA